AUGGCACAAUUUAUCCCUCGGCAAACAUUUGCUAUACCAAACUCAAUCCCAAAAACAUACUACCUCGGUCAUCAUGCUGUUGGUCAAGCUAGCAUGAUCAAGCAAAUAUCAAACAUUCAUCUCAUCCUCGAAUGCCGCGACUUUCGCCUCCCACUAUCGACACACAAUCCUCAACUCGAAAACACCCUAGCCGGCCGCGAACGCCUCAUCGUCUAUACGAAAUCCGAUCUUGCUACCAGCAGUACACAUGCUCCCAACGCUCUCCGCAAGCUCUACGGCGAUCGGCUCGUCUUCUUCGACAAAGCGAGACCCACAACGACAAAGAAUCUGCUCAAAAAGAUCAAAGAUGUUGCGCGCGCUGUUGAUUCGCUGACUGGUAUGCGCGCAAUGAUCGUGGGAAUGCCCAACGUAGGAAAGAGUACGCUACUCAAUGCGCUGCGGGCCAAUGGAAUAACUCACAAAGCCGCCAAAGCCGCCAAGACGGGAGGUCAGCCGGGUAUCACGCGCAAGAUUGGCACAAAUGUCCGGAUUAUAGAGACAGAUGCAAAAGGGGGUGUUGGUGAAGGCGUCAUGGUCUUGGAUACCCCUGGUAUAUUCCAGCCCUAUGUCGAAGAUGGAGAGACCAUGGUCAAGAUCGCACUUGCUCAGGGUAUAAAGCAGGGGCUAAUACCAGACGAGGUUUUGGUAGAUUACCUCCUCUACCGGCUCAACCUAUUCGACCCGGCCAUCUAUGAGCGAUACUGCACCCCCACCAACGAAGUAAAUGAUUUUCUAAAGGCCGUGGCUGUAAAAGAGGGCAGGAUAAAGGCCGGCGGCGUGCCCGACCUGCGCUCAGCCGCUACCAGAGUACUUUCCCAAUGGCGAAACGGGAACUUGGGCAAGUUUGUGCUCGAUGAUUUAUCGGAUAGAGCCAUCGAAGACUACCAGCUUCGGUUGAUCAAUCCUGCUCUGAGUAUGAACCAGGCAAAGAAGCAGCAGAAGCUGGCACGUGCACAAGAGAGGGCGGGUGCGUAA